AUGAACAAAAAGCUUGAGUCUAUCAGGAAGAAUAAGACAUGGGAGUUCACCGACUUACCACCCAGUCAAAAGACCAUCGAGUUAAAGUGGAUUUUCAAGUUGAAAAGAGAAAAUGAAUUCAGGUUAAUUCCUGGUAUUGAGGAGGACCAGAAGAAAGAUAACAUUGAGGUGAAGCAGGAAGCUUAUGCAAAGAAGGUGUUGAAACAGUUUAUAAUGGAGGAUUGUAACUCGAGCAAGUAUCCUAUUGAAGAAAAGUUGCAGCUCAAAAAGGAUGUGGAAGGAAGCUUAGUGGAUCCGAAGGAGUAUAGGCGUAUCAUCGAGUGUCUCAGGUACUUGACGCACAAUCGACCUGAUAUCUCUUAUGCAAUUGGCAUAGUGAGUCGAUACAUGGAGAAGCCUACCGCUCUACACCAAUAG